AUGUCGACGAUAACGCAGAACGCUUCCCAGAGCUCAUAUCCCCCUGUGCUCCCCAAGGACUUCAACGCGAACCAGCCCAAGACGAUCCGCCUGUAUCCUCUCAGCAACUACACGUUCGGCACAAAGGAUGGCCAGCCUGAAGAGGACCCGUCGGUGCUGGCGCGGCUGAAGCGGCUGGAAGAGCACUACAGCGAACACGGCAUGCGCCGGACGAGCGAGGCGAUUCUGGUCUGCCACGAGCACAACCACCCGCACAUCCUCAUGCUGCAGAUUGCAAACGCCUUCUUCAAGCUCCCCGGCGACUACCUGCGCGCAGAGGACGACGAGAUCGAGGGCUUCAAGGCGCGCCUGAACGAGCGCCUCGCUCCCGUCGGCACGCAGUUCACCGGCGAGGGCGUCAACGACGAGUGGCAGGUCGGCGACACGCUGGCGCAGUGGUGGCGCCCCAACUUCGAGACGUUCAUGUACCCCUUCAUCCCCGCCCACGUCACGCGGCCGAAGGAGUGCAAGAAGCUCUACUUCAUCCAGCUGCCGCGCAGCAAAGUGCUCAGCGUGCCCAAGAACAUGAAGCUCCUCGCCGUGCCCCUCUUCGAGCUCUACGACAACACCGCACGCUACGGCCCGCAGCUGUCAGCCAUCCCCCACCUCCUGUCCCGCUACAACUUCGAGUUCGUCGACGAGGACGGCAAUGUUGCGGCCACGACUCCCGGUGUUGGGCCGCCAGACGCCAGCGUGCAGACAAAGCUCCUGGCUGGAGGGGAGGACGUCAACAUGCAGCAGAACGGAGACGAGGCGAGCGACGUCACCCUAUCGUAA